CCGAGCGCUAGCGCCAUCUCCGGAGAGUCGCAGAGGGUGACCUGUUUACCUUGGACACUUGGACGUGAGCAAAACAGGCGAGCCUGCCAUGCAGAUAGGACUGCGGAAUGUGCUUCAGUUAUACACAGCAUAAAUCAGAGCUCCUAGCUGCAGGGGACACGCUUAGUGUCUUAAAGGCCUGCAUUUUCUGCAAAGACUCCUGCAGAGUGGUCCGUCCUGCGAAGGACCUCACUCUUUGAUUGCACGCUCAGGCUUUUCAUGUACAUUACAUAUUGAGAAGGUCAUGAGCAACGACUGUCACUCUCUGCAAGUGGAAACUGCCAUCAAUCGCAAAGACAAGAAGUAAUUUUCCUGUAAUCACAAGAUGACUCAGGAUGGACCAUGAGGCCGCCCAGCUGGAGAAGCUGCACGUGCACGAUGUGUACGAGGGCACCGCCCCCUACUUCAGCGACCUGCACAGCAAGGCCUGGCCCCGCGUCCGCCAGUUCCUGCAGGAGCAGAAGCCGGGCAGCCUCGUCGCCGACAUAGGUUGUGGGACUGGAAAGUAUCUUAAAGUGAACAGCCAGGUACAUAUCCUGGGCUGUGACUACUGUAGGCCAUUGGUAGAGAUUGCCCGGAGUAGAGGAUGUGAAGUCAUGGUAUGUGACAACCUUAAUCUCCCCUUUAGGGACCAGGGCUUCGAUGCCAUCAUCUCCAUAGGAGUUAUACAUCAUUUUUCUACAAAACAAAGAAGAAUCAGAGCAAUAAAAGAAAUGGCGCGAGUCUUGGUUCCCGGAGGCCAGCUGCUGAUUUACGUUUGGGCCAUGGAACAAAAGAACCGGCGCUUUGAGAAGCAAGACGUGCUGGUUCCAUGGAACAGGGACCUGUGUUCCCAGCUCCUCUCCGAAUCCAGCCAGCCUGGCAGGAAGAAGCAGUGUGGACCUCCAGAAAAAAGCCAUCCCUGCCGCCCUCCCUGCACCGUGUGUAGCUGCUCUGUUUGUUUUAAGGAGCGAUGUGACUCAAAACGGUCCCACAGCAUGGACUGUGAACCUGUUAUGGCUAGAACCUGUUGUGCAAAUAUUUCUAAAGAAGGUGGGGAAGAAAACGGAUUCUACACCACGUUAGGAAAAUCUUUUCGUUCCUGGUUUUGCUCCAGAUCUUUGGACGAGUUCGCUCUGAGGAAGCAGGUUGAAAGGGUGAGACCCUUGAAAAGCACUGAAGUGUGGGCCACUAACACUGUGCCCGUCCAGCCUUCCAGACAGCCUAGUCUAGACAUAGAUCACCAAGAGCCAUUUUCAACAAGAGGGCAAAAUUUAGAUGAGGACGUGUUUGUGGAGACUUCUCCGAAACAUUUGGAAUGGCUGAGGGCACCGGCCACAGUGGAGCAUCUAAAUGGGGACCAUCGAAGAGAAAUUGGGAGAAAUGGCGAUGGGAAUUUUCUGGAUAGCACCAACACUAAUGAGAAGUGUGUGGCUGCAGGUGACUUGGAAGAAGGGAACCCUUCUGCGAGUAAAAUAUCGAGGAGGAUUUCUGCCGCCGAGUCCACAGAUUCCAUCCCAGACGACACAAUUUCUGUUGAAGGACCACAGCCAGGUGUUUGGGAUUCCAGAGCCUUCAUGCGCUACUACCACGUAUUCCGAGAAGGUGAGCUCUGCAGUCUGCUGAAGGAAAAUGUGUCCGAGCUCCAUAUUCUGAGCUCUGGGAACGAUCACGGCAACUGGUGCAUCAUCGCGGAGAAGAAGGAGAGCUGGGGCUGAUGGGAUCGUUGGGGACCACUCCAGAGAUGCGCCACGUUCUUUGCACUGGGUUUGGGAUGGUUGCCUGAAUUUGCAUACAGUUUCAUUUCUGUGUGUUUUUUUUUUAAUCCACUUAUGCUUUUGUCUGUAGAGACUAUGAACUGAUCAUCCUUUUAAUCUUUGGGUAAACACAGAGCCAGGCAUCUGAAGCAUUUCAUGAAGGGUAUGUGUGGUUAUAUGUUGAUAUGAGAGAUCUGAAGAAGCAAUAUAAAGUGAACUUCAGCGCCGGUUAGGGUUCCCCCCCACCAAAAGGUGAAGUUAUUAUGA